AAACCAACCAUAUAUUCAUUGCCACAUCAGACACACACUAUCUAAAUCCAUUUCAAAGUCCACACACACUCUCAUCUUACUCUUUUUGUGUCAAAUUCACAACAAAACUAAAACUAUAGUAAACUAAGAAAAAAAUAAUCAAAAUCAAAAUGGCUUCUACACAAUGUUUCUUGCAUCACCAAUAUGCUCUUACAACUCCUUCUAGAAGUUUAUCUCAACGCCAAAUUGUUAGCACCAAACCAAACCAUAUUGUUUGUAAGGCACAGAAACAAGAUGAUGAUGAUGUUGCUGCUGUCAGUUUUGUUUCUCGUAGGUUAGCACUUUCUGUUAUUCUUGGUGCUGCUGCUGUUGGUUCUAAGGUUUCACCUGCUGAUGCUGCUUAUGGAGAAGCUGCUAAUGUUUUUGGAAAGGCAAAGACAAACACCGAUUUCUUGCCAUACAAUGGAGAUGGAUUCAAACUGUUAGUGCCAGCAAAGUGGAAUCCAAGCAAAGAAAGAGAGUUCCCUGGUCAGGUUCUUAGAUACGAGGACAAUUUCGAUGCAACAAGCAAUGUUUCAGUUAUAGUCCAAACAACCGAUAAGAAGUCCAUCACUGACUACGGUUCACCUGAACAGUUCCUAGCUCAGGUUGACUAUUUGCUUGGAAAACAAGCCUUCUUUGGACAAACUGAUUCAGAGGGUGGUUUUGAUACAAAUGCUGUAGCUGUGGCAAACAUCUUAGAGAGUUCAACACCAGUGGUAGGUGGGAAACAGUAUUUCAACAUUUCAGUUUUGACAAGGACUGCUGAUGGAGAUGAAGGUGGCAAGCACCAGCUGAUUACCGCAACCGUAAAUGAUGGCAAACUAUACAUUUGCAAGGCUCAAGCUGGAGACAAGAGGUGGUUUAAGGGAGCAAGAAAGUUUGUGGAGGACACUGCAAGUUCUUUCAGUGUUGCCUAAAUAAGAACUUUGGUGAAAGGAUUGUUAUUUUGUAUGUAAAUCUUAUUCUUAAGUAAGCACUUGGAGUUUUAAUUUAUAAUGGCUUUCAACCUUCUCUCUAAAUAAGAAUUUUAAGCUAUUGCAAGUCA